AUUAUAACAGAACCAAGAAACAAAGUGAAAAAUUUUAUGGUUACAGAUAUUAAAAAAAUGAAUUGAAAGAUAAAUAAAAUUUAUAUUCAUCUUGUCAGUUAUAUUACUAAUUUUGUGAAUUCCAACUUUACGAAUUUUAUCUCGAGAAAAUGGUUGAAAGGACCUCUUCUUUGGGAUUAUGUUUGGUAUUUUUCUACGGUAAUAUAUAGAUGUCUCUUAUGGCACAAAAAUGUUUUCGCGAGUGUCAAACAAAACCUUGGCCAAAAUCGCCGUUUAUGGGGCUUUUGGGGCCAUCAGUGCAGUCUUCUAUAUGCGAUACAGUAUCGAAAAGCGUCUUCGGGGUCAGGAAUACUACACAAAUGCACUCAAAUUGCUCCAGAACCACACGGGUGCUGUGGGGCUUCUGGGACAACCGGUGAGAGACAGAGGAUUUGAUCUCAGUGAUAAGGUUAACUUCUGUGAUGGUCGUGAGGCUCACUUUGAAGUAACAGUAAGGGGCUCGAAGGAUAGGGGCACGUACUAUUUCUGGGCCAGGAGGGAAGCCCAACAAAAUACUGAAGAUUCCAAACCUGCUACCGAGGAGUCCCUGCAAACCACAGCAGGGGCUCCCAAAGGCACAUGGGAUAUCUAUAGGGCUGAGUUGGAACUUAAAUCUAAGCCGGAUCAGCGAUUAGUUAUAAAGAAUUAGUAAAAAAGACGUGUAAAUUAAAUAAACUAGCGAAACGAGA